UGGCGUCCCGCUCAGCCAAUCCGAGAGGGGUUCCUGCUCACCUGGGCGCCGCUGCGCUCCGGCCUUGCUCAGUCGGUUGCGCGGCGGAGGAAGCAAUGGCGGUGGCGGCGAUGGGCUGGCUUUGGUGGGGCUGCUUCUGCGCCGGGCUGUGGUCCUUGAUAUCAGGCCAGUCGAGCCAGGAGACGCUCGUUCAAGUUCCCGAGAACAGCGAAGCACGACUGCCUUGCAAGGCAUACCAGGGCUCCCCAAGGCGUGUGGAGUGGAAAUUCCAGGGGGGUGGCUCCACAACACUGUUCUAUUUUGACGGUCACUUCACAGACCCCUACAAAGAUCGCGUCCUGUACUAUCCCAAUGAACUCUUUUUCAAAUCGGUGACUCGGAAAGACACGGGCCUGUACAUCUGCGAGGUGGUCGUCACUCCGGAGGACUAUCGGCAUUCCUCUGUGCGGCUCAUUGUUCAAGUCCCGCCUUCGAAGCCCAAGGCCCAAGUGCCCCCUGUGGUCACCAUUGGCAACAAAGCGGUUCUCACCUGUGAGGAGACAGACGGCUCCCCGCCUCCCACCUUCACCUGGUUCAAAGACAACAUCCCGAUGCCCCAAGACCCCAAAACCAACUCCCUGUUCAGGAAUUCAUCCUACACGUUGGACCCCAAGACGGGGCUUCUGUCUUUUCAGCCCGCAAUGGCCUAUGACGCUGGGGACUACUACUGCCAGGCGGACAACAAAGUUGGGGCCCCCCAGAAGUCCGACACGGUGCGCAUGGAGACCAGUGAAGUCAACGUGGGCGGCAUUGUUGCUGCUGUGGUGGUGCUUCUCAUCGUCCUAGGCCUGGUGAUCUUUGGGGUCUGGUUCGCCUACACCCGGGGCUUCUUCAGCACACCACCAGCAAUAAGAAGGUCAUUUACAGCCAACCUUCUACCCGAAGUGAUGGUGAAUUUAAACAGACGUCUUCCUUCUUGGUCUGAUCUCCACUCUCAUGUUGCCUUCCACCGUGUAUUAAAGUCUAACCUCUCCCUCCUCUUGAGGCUGUUGUAAAUGUUCCUUAUGAAUCUUUGUAAUUAAGCGUGAUUUUUUUAAAAUAACUGUUUUUAAGAAAAGAUGAAGUGUGUGCCGUUA